CGGAGGGGGCGGGACUACGAAGCGUGCCUGUCUUUAGCGAGUAGAACCGUAACCGUCGGUGUGGUUGUUUUUAACAUCACAUUUCAACUUCUAAGAAGAAAUUAACGACUGCCAGCAGGGACAGGGGGCAGCGAUACUUUGACCUCCAUGGUCGGUCGGUAUUUUGUCCUUCAGCUGUUUUAUAUUUGAACGGCAGAGUUGGACAAAUCUCGACACGGAUUGACAACAAAGGGGAGGGCACCGUUAUUAGCUAAGAACAGCUAACUUCUCCCGACAUAACAGCUGCCUCAGCGCUGCAUGUGCGGCAAUAACAUGUCAGCGCCCUUACCUGCCAUUGUGCCUGCUGCCCGUAAAGCCACUGCAGCGGUUAUAUUUCUGCAUGGCCUUGGCGACACUGGACAUGGCUGGGCAGAAGCUUUCGCAGGCAUCAGGAUACCACAUGUGAAGUACAUCUGUCCACAUGCUCCCAUCAUGCCUGUUACUUUGAACAUGAGGAUGAACAUGCCUUCUUGGUUUGAUAUCUAUGGGCUGAGCCCGAAUGCAAAUGAAGACGAGGCUGGAAUUAAGAGAGCGUCAGAGAACAUUAAAGCUUUGAUAGACCAAGAAGUGAAGAAUGGGAUACCUUCACACAGGAUUAUCCUGGGCGGAUUUUCGCAGGGUGGAGCGUUGUCUCUUUACACGGCUCUGACGACUCAACAGAAACUUGCCGGUGUGGUCGCUCUCAGCUGCUGGCUUCCUCUCCACAAAUCCUUCCCUCAGGCGGCUGCCAACAGUGCUAACAAGGACAUGCAUGUCCUGCAGUGCCACGGGGAUGCCGAUCCCCUGGUUCCCUACGCAUUCGGCAUCCAGACAGCAGAGAAGAUGAAAGGUCUCAUCAAUCCUGCCAACAUUACCUUCAAGUCAUACCGUGGUCUACCUCACAGCGCGUGUCCAGAGGAAAUGGUGGAUGUCAAGCGAUUCAUAGAAAAGCAGCUUCCUCCUAUCAGCGACGAAUGAACACGAGUGUGUCCGCUCACCUGAUCAACAUCAACAGAGUCCUUUGAGCUUGACUCCAGUGAGACUACACGGACUCGAGGACCACUGACUUACUUAAUUAAAAAAUAAAAGAAAGGGGGGAAAAAAAAAAAGAAACCUGCUGCUACUCAUAGAUAAGAACGGGGCUGUCAGCCUGCAAGAGGCAUGACUGUACUGAUGCUGCAUACUGACCUGGAGCCACACACAACCCUCAGUGUUACAGUAGAGUAACUAACAGUAGUUGCUUGAUUGUGAAGCUACUUUUCAUUGAGACGAGCCAUUUCUUGCAGGAAUUGUAUGUAUUAUAACAACUAGGGCUACAUUUCAUGGUUUAAUACCUACUCUCUCACAAUAAAUGGCCUGUUGUUAAA